UCAAUUUACAUGCAUCUAACAUUGUCUUUGUGUUUGGAUAUUGUGUGCAUGCAUUUUCUUGUAGGACCAUGGCUGAAGAAGGUGGAAAAAAAUUUGGUAGAAAUUACCUCACAUGGACAGAUGAAAUGGACAUUGCACUACUGGAGGUCCUUGUUGAGCAUCACAACAAUGGUGAUCAUGCUCAGAAUGGAUGGAAGUACCAUGUCUACAGUGCUGUUAUAGGUAAUGUGCGUGAGAAGUGCAAUGUGACCAUCACAAAGGAAAACAUAAGUUCAAGGUGCAAAACCUUUGAAAAGCACUAUGAGGCCAUUAGCAAGAUGCUUUCUCAAAGUGGAUUUGGGUGGGAUUGGAUCAAUAACAAGUUGUCAAUUGAUAGUGAAGAUGUGUGGAUUAAAUAUGUCGCGGUAAGAAAUUUAUGCGUUCCACAUUUGAUUGUAUUGCACAUAUGUAAGAUAUACCUUUCUUUGACAAUUCUCUCUUUGUGUGUGUGUGUGCAGGCUAACAAGAAAGUAGGAUUUUACAAGAACAAGGUCAUUAAGAAUUGGGAUGCUAUAACCACCAUAUACUCAAAAGAUCAUGCAAAUGGUGAAGGUGCUGUCACAGGUGCUGAAACUGUUGUAGAACCAACUAUGGAACCCAAUGAAGCCUCUCCUGAAGUGCCACACAAAAAACAGCGGACUGGUGAUGCCAUCCUGUGCCUACUUGGGGAUAUGAAAGGCUCAUUUAAUGAUGCUUUGAAGUCACUUGAGCCUUUACCUCUGCCCCAAGUUACACCUCCUGCUGAAAUCCUCGCGACACUUGAGAUGAUCCCUGAUUUGGCUCGUGGUGACAUAUUGCGAUCUUAUGGUAAGUUGAUCCUUAGCGAACGCUUGUACCAAGCGCUUCUUGAGCUUCCCAUGAACUUCAGGAAGGAAUGGUUGUUGAUGUUGGAAUAGUAGAAUGGCUCUUGAUGGAUAAUAUGUAUGUGUACUACUACUUUUAGUUCUCCUAGUUUGUGUGAGACUUUUGAACUUGUCCUAAAGUUGCAUGGUUGAUGCACAGGACUUGUUAUGUGUUCCAGAUGGUGUGAGACAUGUUAUAAUAUGUAAUGGUGUUGGCAAGGCUAUCAUAAUAUGCUGCUGCUACCUACAGUUUUGAGCCUAAUUCUAAUAUACUACUGUAAUGUACAGUUUUCAGCCUA